CUGACACACACACUGACACACACACACUGACACACUGACAUACACACUGACACACACACACUGACACACACUGACAGGGCGUGAGGAGUUGUGCGGGAAUCGCGGACGCUGGGAUCUCUCUUCUCCAGAUCUCUCCAGCGUGCUCUCCUCUCUCUCUCUCCCUCUCUCUCUCUCUCCUCUCUCCCCCUCCUCUCCCCUCUCCCCCUCCUCUCCCCUCUCUCUCUCCGAGAGAGAUCAGCCCAGCCUCUCGUUCCCCCCCCUCUCUCUCUGUCCCUUAUUCUGUCCCUCCGUCGCUUUGUCUCUCGAUCUGUCUGUAAGCUCGCGGUGGCCGUCACUCUGCUUCGUGCUGUCUCGCACGCGUGUCCUCAUCAUCACCCCGGUGUCUCUCUCACCCAGUCUGUCUCUUUGUCCCCAUCUCCCUGUUUUAUUCCUGUGUGUCUCUCUCUCUCUCUGUGUGUGAGUGUGUGUCUCAGGCUGUCUCCCUUCGUCUAUAGUUUCUUAUUUUGUACCCACGUGUUUCCUUAUUGUCCACAAAUCCACACUGCCGGUGCCCCCCACCUCUCUCUCUCCGGGUGUAACCUCACUCAUUAUUCUGUGGCUUAAUCUCUUUCACUUUCUCUCCAACGCAUUUUCUUUCUCUCUCUUCCCCUUCAAAUCUCCCUUCUUCCCCUUCAAAUCUCCCUUCUUCCCAUAUCUCUCUCUCUCUCUCCAUCCAUCUCCCUCCCGCCUACAACACCCCGUGCCGCCCUCCCCCCACCUCUCUCUCACUUCGCAGUGUCCCUGUGAUGCUGGACAUGACAGGUCAGUGAGGCGUCCAGAUGCUGCCGCUGCAGCCGGACGGGGCCCCCAAGGGCUGCGCCGGCUGCCACCGGAGCAUUCGCGACCGCUACCUCCUGAAGGCGCUGGACAGGUACUGGCACGAGGACUGCCUGAAGUGCGCCUGCUGCGACUGCCGCCUGGGGGAGGUCGGCUCCACGCUCUACACGCGCGCCAACCUCAUCCUGUGCCGCAGGGACUACCUGAGGUUGUUCGGCGUAACCGGCAACUGUGCGGCGUGCACCAAGCUCAUCCCGGCGUUCGAGAUGGUGAUGCGCGUGCGCGACAGCGUCUACCACCUCGACUGCUUCGCCUGCCAGCUCUGCAACCAGCGGUUCUGCGUAGGAGACAAGUUCUUCUUGAAGAACAGCAUGAUCCUCUGCCAGUCGGACUACGAGGAGGCCGUGACCAAGGAGGGAUUCCGGCCGCAGGUCACGUCGUGACACCCAUCACCCACGGAACUCCAAUUCCGCCCGAAACCCCUGGCCCUUGGGUUCAGCUUCUUCUCGAGAAACUCGAGUCGGUGUGUGCGUGCGAGUUGGUGGACCUUGUUUGCGUUUUGUCAUAUAUGUAUUUUUUUUUAUAUAUAUAUAUACACAUUUAUAAUUUCACAUUUGGGUUUUGGUCAACGGUCACUUCCCGGACUCGUCGUGUGAUCGGAGGUUUGCGUCGUCGUCACGGAGUGAAGCCGUCUUCCCUCCUCGUGGAACCCACCCCCCCCCCCAGGCUCCCCAUCUCUCCCACCCCUUCACGCCCCCCCAGAAGUCGUGUCGGGAAACAGCCGUGGAAAUUGACGCUCACAGAAACUACUACUGUCUGGAGUCGCUUGUAGUAGGUAACUCGACGCAUCCCAGGUCGCCGCAUCGCAAGAGAGGGGCAACGCAUCGCGCGUCCCAACGUGGGCCCGCAUUUCCACCCGAAGUGUCCACACUUCACGUGGCCUCAAGCCGCCCCCAGCAUGGCACGAGCGCUGUGGUGAUGUCGCCGCAAACGUUGUGUGGCAAAUGGCGGUUGUUGUUGUUGCUGUUGUUGCUGUUGUAGUUCAUCUUUCGGUUAAUUAGUAAGGACAAGACUGCUACUUCAGGGGACAUCUCUGGCACCAACAACUAGACGCGCUCUCCAAUCAUGCUGCGACCACAAACAGCACGCCGUUUGUGAUGUCAACGUUGGCGCGUGCGCCAGGCUAGGUGCACUCGAGGCCACGUGGAGUGGCGGAGUCUUGGCUGAGGAGAAGUCACCGGGCGGGCUCCGAGCGUGUAACUCGUGCGACUGCGCUUUGCACGGCAUCAACGUUUUCCAACUCCGUUUUAUCCGCACGACGUUCCACUCCUGCACGUGUGACCGUUGUCUCCACAAAACAGCUGCCUAGCGGCCGCUCAGUCAGCAUCUCUGGUCGUCCUCGCAGCAGCAGCAGCAGCGGUUCUUGGCUGGCUCUCGAACAGAGACAGUCACCGCGUCGCGCGCUUUCAGAUGCGCUUCCGCGGCCGUCUGGAACGCUCUUCUUUCCGAUAUUAGGAAGUCCCUGGAGCUUUGGCACUUUUAAAUCAUCUCCAUUGAAAACUCAUUUCUAUCGAACUGCUUUUUGUGUUUAGUUUGUUGUCCUUCCCCCGCACCUCCGAUGAGCGCGGUUGGCGACGAACGGUGCGAAAAAAGUUUUACAUGCAUCUUUAAACGAAAGCCUCCUCCGCAGAGGCCGAUCUUGAGACCGCCGGUCCCACGUGCUGUGACAAGUCCACUCAUCAUCAGGUCCUCGUCUGCCACAUCUGCCCAACCUCUUCUCUCGCCCGUGCCACGUCAAUUAAUGCCGUUCUUGAUGUCUAAACAAUUGCCACCCGGGUGUACAAUGGACGGGGCAUGCAUGCGGUGCUCCAAAGAAGCCUUAUUUUUUCGUCGCGUUUAACGGGCUGCAGGACCACUUUUGCCGUUCGAAUAUCACCGGGAAGUGAAUGCAUUUGUUGUAACUGAAACGGGCUUCGGCUGAAAGUUGUGAACGCACCACGGGCAAUGAGCGUACGCGGAGAAGUGUUGAUGACGUGAGCAUGCGAGAGAGGGAGGGAGCCUAGAGAGGGAGGGAGCCAGAAAGGGAGGG